AUGAUUCAUUAUCGAGAGUGGCAAGCCCAAUUACAACUGUUGUAUCACUCCCGAAUUUUUCAUGAUUGGGCUCUUUGCCAAGAAGUUCAUCUAAGUGACAAUAAGAAUGCACUUUCUUUACGUUUAAAACCUUCUCAACGGCUACAGAAAAAUACUUGGCGUACAGAAAAUAAGUCACUAGAUCAUAUACAAUUAUACCUUACAUAUUCACAAGUAUAUAAUGAGCCCUUAUUGCUUUUGCGAAUAUGGGAGUCUAAAUGCAUAAAUGAUAUAUUGAUGACCAAAUUAAUGUUCCCAGAUGAUAUCGAAUCUUUAUUGGAUGUUGAAGGCAAAUUCCAACUGGGUUUAGAUACUAUUACUAAUUUGGAAAAUAGCGUUUGGUAUUCUUUUCACCCAUGCGAUACAUCAAAUAUAAUCGGAGACCAGAUUGAGGUCAUGCCAACCUACUUAAGACGAUGGGUCAGUAUUUUCGUGUUUAGUUGGUUAGGCUAUGAAGAUUCGUAG